CCCCGAGCCCAGCCGAACCGAGCCCAGCCGACCGGUAACUGCUCGCUGCCGUACACGGCGUAGCGCGGUACCGCAGCGCUCGCCCCGGCGCGGUCCAGCGGGGCGAAGCGGAGCGGCAGCCCGGGGGGAGCCAGUCCGCGCUGACACAGGGGAAGACGAUGAAGCUGUAGAGAUGCUUCCCUACGUGAUUGCCACCCUGGGCUCCGCAGGGUCCACCUGCAAAGCCUCUACAUGCAGCAACAGCACCAAGGACUACUGCUACAGUGCCCGCAUCCGCAGCACUGUGCUGCAAGGGCUGCCCUUUGGGGGGGUGCCCACCGUCCUAGCCCUCGACUUUAUGUGCUUUCUGGCACUGUUGUUUGUCUUUUCAAUUUUACGUAAAGUUGCUUGGGACUACGGACGUCUGGCCCUGGUGACUGAUGCUGACAGGCGCCGCCGUUGGCAGACGGAGCGAGAGGAGCGGGAAUACGUAGCCUCCGCCCUGCACUCCGACAACCAUGACCGCUACGAGCGUCUCACCUCUGUCUCCAGCUCUGUGGACUUCGACCAGAGGGACAACGGUUUCUGUUCCUGGCUGACAGCCAUCUUCAGGAUAAAGGAUGACGAGAUCCGGGACAAGUGUGGGGGUGACGCGGUGCACUACCUGUCCUUCCAGAGGCACAUCAUCGGGCUGCUGGUGGCUGUGGGUGUGCUUUCCGUGGGCAUCGUGCUACCCGUCAACUUCUCAGGGGACCUGCUAGAAAACAACGCCUACAGCUUUGGGAGGACAACUAUCGCUAACCUGAAUUCUGGGAAUAACCUCCUGUGGCUGCACACAUCUUUUGCCUUCCUGUACCUGCUGCUGACAGUGUACAGCAUGCGCCGGCACACCUCCAAGAUGCGCUACAAAGAGGAUGAUUUGGUUAAGCGAACUCUCUUCAUCAACGGCAUCUCAAAAUAUGCUGAGCCAGAGAAGAUCAAGAAGCAUUUUGAGGAGGCCUAUGCCAACUGCACCGUCCUGGAGGCUCGUCCCUGCUAUGACGUGGCCCGGCUGAUGUUCCUAGAUGCAGAGAGGAAGAAAGCUGAGCGUGGGCGAAUCUACUUCACCAACCUGCAGACCAAGGAGAACACUCCAUCCAUGAUCAACCCCAAGCCCUGUGGCCACCUGUGCUGCUGUGUCAUCAGGGGCUGUGAGGAGGUGGAGGCCAUUGAGUACUAUACCAAGCUGGAACAGAAGCUGAAAGAUGACUACAAGAGAGAGAAGGAGAAGGUGAAUGAAAAGCCUCUGGGGAUGGCCUUUGUCACUUUCCACAAUGAGACCAUCACAGCCAUAAUCCUCAAAGAUUUCAAUGCUUGCAAGUGCCAGGGCUGUGCAUGCCGUGGGGAGCCCAGGGCCUCUUCCUGCAGUGAGUCCCUUCAUGUCUCCAAUUGGACUGUCAGCUAUGCCCCUGACCCACAGAACAUCUACUGGGAACACCUGUCCAUAAGGGGCUUCAUCUGGUGGAUCCGCUGCCUUGUGAUCAACGUAGUCCUCUUCAUCCUUCUCUUCUUCCUCACCACCCCUGCUAUCAUCAUCACCACUAUGGACAAGUUCAAUGUCACUAAGCCUGUGGAGUACCUCAAUAACCCCAUCAUCACCCAGUUCUUCCCUACCCUGCUGCUGUGGUGUUUCUCUGCUCUGCUUCCCACCAUCGUCUAUUAUUCUGCCUUCUUUGAAGCGCACUGGACCAGGUCUGGAGAGAACAGAACAACUAUGCACAAGUGUUACACCUUCCUCAUCUUCAUGGUCUUGCUGCUGCCAUCACUGGGCCUGAGCAGCUUGGAUGUGUUUUUCCGCUGGUUGUUUGACAAAAAAUUCCUUGCCGAAGCCGCUGUGCGAUUUGAAUGCGUGUUCCUGCCGGACAACGGGGCCUUCUUCGUCAACUACGUCAUCGCCUCUGCCUUCAUCGGGAACGCCAUGGACCUGCUGCGCAUCCCCGGCCUGCUGAUGUACAUGAUACGCCUCUGCCUGGCUCGCUCCGCCGCCGAGCGCAGGAACGUCAAACGGCACCAGGCCUAUGAGUUCCAGUUUGGGGCUGCUUAUGCCUGGAUGAUGUGUGUCUUCACUGUGGUCAUGACAUACAGCAUCACCUGCCCUAUCAUCGUCCCUUUUGGGCUCAUGUACAUGCUUCUUAAGCACCUGGUGGACCGGUACAACCUGUAUUAUGCUUAUCUGCCUGCCAAGCUGGACAAGAAGAUCCAUUCAGGGGCUGUAAACCAGGUGGUGGCAGCCCCCAUCCUCUGCCUUUUCUGGCUUCUCUUCUUCUCCACUAUGCGCACAGGGUUCCUGGCCCCCACUUCCAUGUUCACCUUUGUGGUCCUUGUCAUCACCAUUGUGAUCUGUCUGUGUCACGUCUGCUUCGGGCACUUCAAAUACCUCAGCGCUCAUAACUACAAGAUUGACCACACAGAGGUGGAUGCUGUAGAAAAUAGGCAGAAUGGGAGAGCUGCCACCAGUCUGCCGGCUCCAAAAUCAGCUAAGUACAUCGCCCAAGUGCUGCAGGACUCCUCACCGGAGGGCGAAGCGACGGAGUCAGAGGAGCAGGGGUCGCAGGACGAGGAGCUCAUCAACACAGAUGGCAUGAACGACACGGAUUUCCAGUCAUGUGAAGACAGCCUGAUAGAGAAUGAGAUCCACCAGUAGGGACCUCAGAGGGUGGGAGGGGAAGGAGGCCCAGGAGCAGGGCAGGCUGUGUGCAUGGAGACCUAGGGAGAGGCACCUGAGGGUGCUAGCUUCUUGCCCCGCCCACCCACCAGGGCCGCUGUCCUCAGUGAGGGCAGAGGUCCUGCCCCAAGCUCUCCAUUUCCCUGUCCCUCCACCCCUGCACCAGCCCAGCAGCUCGGCAGGCAUGCUCUUUACUAGCUACCUUCAUUACUGCAUCCCUGGACCCCAAAAUGCUGGGGGCUGGGGAAGAGGGGGACUGUGAUCCCCAUGGUGCUGCUCUGGACCUGCAAGGAGGAGGAAAGCUGGGUGCUUUGGUGGGGUGGGCCACAAGGGGAACCUUUGGUGACUUCUCUGUCCCUUGUCCUCCUAGUGAAAAAUACUAAUAAUUUAUUAGAUUUACAGGAAGGUAAUAAAGGAAAAGCUUUAGUCAGUGUAUUGGGAGCCCUGCCUAGGGAGGGAGGUGGCUUUUGCUGCACCUUCUCACCAUGCAUGCUCUUUAUCAGCCCCUUGUAGCAUCCACUUGUGUGACAUGCCAGGAGCUGGGUUAAGCAUGGGGGCUGGUGGCAGAGGCUUCCCACUCCCACAGGGUAGGUGACAGCCUAGCUUUGUGGUCAGGGGUAGCAUCACCCUGGAGAAGGGGUGCAAGGGUGGUGUGAGCUGGGCAGCUCCUUGCAGGGUGAGGGAUGUUGAGAGCACUUCUUGAGGGCAAAAGGAGGCGCAGGCAGCCUCUCCCCCAGGUCCUAUCCCCUCCUCCCCCAGGGGCACAGGCAGGGGAUUGCAGCAUCAUUUUAAGUGGCUUUUUUGUUGUAGGGUUCUUUUUUUUGUGCACAUUUCUCUUCCUUUUCAAACAAAUCAACCUGACCCUGGUGGUGGUACCAUGACCUCCUUUGCUGCCCUGUGUGUGCACGGCAGGCUCAGGCCUGGGGGCAUGGGGGCUGUGCUGGGGGUCACUUGGGUGCUAGAAGAAAGGGUCCUGGACUGCAGGCCCUCAGCACCCUGAGGGGCUGGUGCUGCCUGAUUGCCACAGGGGGCCUCAUGGGCUGCCUUCCCUGAGCUGCUGCAGGGUCUUCCCCCAUCUGAGGCAGAGAGAGGGAGUCCUGUUGGAGGGGGGUUCCCCAGGGCUUACUCUAAGCAAGCCCACCACCUUCAGGAGCACAAAAACCUCAUGGGGCUAUGCUGGCUUUCUUCACCUGCCCUGACUGGGUGUAGGCUGAAAGAGGGGGGCUGCUUCUCCUCUGCCUCUGCCCUUGCCUUCUCCCUGGUGAAUACUGUUCUGGAGACAGGCAGGGGACCAGACAGAUAGGAGAGGUGGACCAGAGCCUCUAGUAUCUACAAGGAGGCCUGACCCUGUUUAAAGACUCUUUGUGAGGACAUUUCUAGUCAGGAUCAGUUGCCUUCAAUUGCUUCCCCCCUCUCCUUGUGUAAAAUGUAAAGGACAAUAAUAAACCUCCCUGCUACUGAACUAUAUUUAUUUCCCUCAAGCCCCUGCCACCAUCCCACUUGGUGCUCGUUGCAGACACUACCACCCUCCCUUUGCCUGUGGGUGCUGCGCCGGCUCACUGGGGCCGUGCCCCCCAGGGCCUGAUGGGUCCAGGUGGAAGGGAACAGCCUUUACCUUUUCAAUCACCCGUGCUGGCCCUGGAGCUCCAAGCACUUUAAUAGACCUGAAGGAGUGAGGCAUCAGCCCUACCCAGCCGUGCUCUGGGCAGGGCAGUCCCAUCCCAUGGCUUUUCUCUCCCUUGUCCCCCGUUAGAGAAGGGGAGCCAAGAGCAGUGGGGGGCUGCUCUGGGGAGGACGUAGAUGACAUUCUUGUACACCUCUCUAUAGGAAUCCUAGGUCUAGAGGGGGAUGGAGGGGAAGAGAUGUAGGUCUUUGAUGCAUGGGGAGGGCAGGUCACCCUGGCUCCCAGGGCUCCACCGGGGCUGGAGCACAUGUGGGUGCAGAGGAGCAUAGUGAGGGUCACCUGUCCCCUCCAGAGAUGGGCUACAUAUGAAAUGAGCAUGUGAGCUCCCAGUUUACUCUCAGGCUGGGGCAGGGAGGAUGUUGAUCCUGCUUCCCUUGUCUUGCACACACCUACCACCCUUGUCCCCAGUCCAGCAGGUGAGCUGGGAUGCUUCAGUCUCUGUAGGUACAGUUGUGGCCUGGGCUGCCUCAGCAGCUGCUGGGACUCUGCCUGCAGAGAGCUGUGUGUUCUGAGUGGCACUGUCUGUGUAGAGAUGUGUAUAAUACCCUGUAUAUAUUUGUGUACAAAAGAAAAAGAGAAGGAAAA